GAUAUAAUAGCUGUCAUGAGAAGCUGUGUUGGUUGCCACGUCUAUUGUAUUCCCCUACCACGCGUAGCUCUGCAUGCCAAAGCAAGCUCCUUAUCAUGGCAGCUUAAAACCCUCCAUGGAGCCUUAAUCUCUCUAAACCAGUUACUAAGCAACCACAAAUCGAUGUCAAAUCAUGCGCAAGUUCCAGGCGAGCCCACUGAAACCACCACUUCCCUCGUCGAGACCGCCACCGGUGCCAUCCAAGGCUUCCGCCCCAUCAAACAAAUCCAUGAACAUCUCUGCGCAUUUCAUUUCUACGGCUACGACAUGACCCGUCAAGUCGAAGCGCACCAUUUCUGCGCACAUCAAAACGAAGAAAUGCGACAAUGUCUCAUAUAUGACACCCCCGAAGCCGAUGCAAAGCUCAUCGGGUUGGAGUACAUGAUAUCGGAGAAUUUGUUUUUGACGUUGCCGGACGAAGAGAAGCCGCUUUGGCAUUCGCAUUUGUACGAAGUGAAGAGCGGGGUGUUGUUUAUGCCGCGAGUUCCGGGGCCGAUCGAGAGGCAUGGUCUGGACAAAGUUUGCAAGACUUAUGGGAAGACCAUCCAUUUUUGGCAAGUCGAUAAAGGUGAUAAUCUCCCUCUUGGGUUACCUCAAUUGAUGAUGGCUCUCACUAGAGAUGGUCAGCUCGAUGAAGAACUCGGUCGAGAUGUGGAGAAGCGAUUUGGGGUAUCAUUUGAGAAAGAAAGGGCGAAGAGAGCUGAGUUGACGGGUCCAACACAUGGGAUUCAUCCAUUGGCAAAUGGUGGUGGGAAAGGGCUGAUCCCUAAACUCAGGGAGGUGGAUUGUAAGCCUGCUGAUUCAGUUCCCCGGGUCUUCGUUUGAAUCAUCGUAUCUUUUGAGUAUACCUUUCUUAACAGCAAUUACGAGGUGAAACUGAUGUGAUCAAAGAACAGAAUCUACCAUUGUCCCUCAUGUUUAUGUUGUUGUAAUUUUGAUAUUUGUGUGAUGUACUGGAUAUAAAUAACAUAUUUGUUUUUUCUUAA